AUGAUCCAACACGGCGGAGGUCCGUUUUCUGAGAUUCUGGGAAGCGAGGAACAUCAACAAAAGGGGCAGCUGAUGAGUGUCGAGAUACUCGGUAGAGACUACAAAGUGAACAUUUUGGAGAAAGCAAGGCAAUAUUUACAAAUACUGAGGGAACAACAUUUUUCAUGGCUGAUGAAAGAGCUCCAAUUGCAUGAAUAUGUUGACGCUGCAACAUUUUUUAUGUUCUGUGUAUCAUGGACACUCUGUACUCCUGAUGAGAUUAAUGCUAUGCUUUUACAUCUUAGUGGCCCUUCUUCAAAGCCGCCGCAGAUAAAUAUUCUUAAUGCCUAA